GAUCGAUUGGUGAUACCGCAUCUAUAGAUGCCCGAUGCCCGAUGCCCAAACGGCCUUCUUACAAAUUCCGCUGAUUAUUUUCAUCGAUUCCUGAAUUACAAUGAUCAUGUCGUGGUUCUCAACAAUCAUGUCGAUCACAGACCCCAUGGAACUCCUUCCGCUAGACUUGGAUGAUCUCCAAGAAAGAGCACAACAAAUCAUCAGAAAAUUUACUGCGGCCGAAGAUCGACCGGUGACGGUGUGGCUAAGCGAAGAUGAAAACUACAGUACAUCGAAAGUCGUCACGUCUAGCUUGCUCAGCUCGCAGGAGAAAGAUGUAUCAGAACGAAACACCUCGGCAUCACAGCUACCAACAAAGUCGAUCGUCGGUCGGCCUGGACUUCGAGAUGGCAUCAUUUGGGAGAACCAAUCGUACGGGAAGGAGCACGCAUGCAUCUUCAGCGUGAUUUGCGACUCAUCUCGAGAUUUAUACUCAAUACAAACUCACAACCACGACUUCGAUGACCUACCAGCUUACCAUCUCAAGCCAUCGCUUAGUACACGCUCACCGAAAGGAAAUGAUGUGAUACAGGCGAAUGGUCUCCUGCUUCCAGACAGAGCUGGAAGCAAGAGCGUUGAGCAAUCACCAAGUGCAAUUCGUAGAACAAGUCAUGCGCUCGGCCGCUCCAAAUCUUUGAAGUUGCGGACAGGCAACUCAGCCUCCAAGGCCCAACCGGACGAUUUGAGCGAUGAGCGACAAUCAUCGCCACUAGUGGUUCUAUCACAGCAAGGUGUGCAUCCAGCUUUCCGAGUGAAGCCUGACGAUCGUGUGCGAAUCGAAAAUCGCGGCGGCGACAUGUUCCUUGUCCAUGAGCGUAAUGGGUCAGUGCCGCGUCGGAGCAAUUCUCGUAGUUCAACACGUAGAGAGCAGCAGCCGCAACUGUCUCUCGAUACCAAAGCACCAGCAGCCGAAGAGAAGGACACGCUGAGCCCGAUUCUAGGCUGUAAGAUUCCCGGUAUCGACAUGUUCGGCCCGGUGCUGGGCGCUCCAGAGGAUGGGGUCUCGUCCGCACCACACCACCACAUUCCACUUCGGGUUGAAAAGACACAACGAUCCGAAAGGUCGGACACUCCAAGUCCGGCCAGGCGACCCUCAAUCCUAUUUCCAACGGCGUCCACAGAUGCUCUCGAGAAUUCGUCUCACUACACGUACGGGAAGCCAUCGAAACCCAGCAGCAACACCAUGUUCGAAAGUCCUCGCACUGCUCCUCAACCAGCGAAGCUUACAUUGUUCGACCAAGACUCGCGCGCCACGCCAUCUCUCUCGCCAGUGCAACGGCGGGACUCGCAUCAAGGCACACACUACAUCGCAUCAUCUCCGCAAUGUUACGAAGACUCCGCAUCCGAAGUCGAACCGUCCUACACGCCACCAAAAUCAAUCCGGUCCCCGCCACCGGCCCGGAGACCCCGCUCAUCCAGCUCCACCGGUCGCUACGAGGCACUGUCAACCAUCAUCGAAAGUCGCUAUGAACAUUCCAGCGCCUUUCAGGUCCCGUCUGGAGCAGAGAGCUUGCAGCAGCGCCCGGCGCUGGUCAAGUCAUAUACCUUACCGCUCGCUCGCGCAGUCUCACGCCCAGAUGGGAGCGGUGUCGUCGUGGAAAGUCCGACUGGAGAACGGGGAUUUGGUGAUCGGAGGCGGAGGUCGUUGUUACAAGGCUCAUCGAGAAGGGGUGGGGUCGUUUUUGAUGGUGGUUAUGAGUCGUUUCUUUAGCGGGAAGGUUUUGUUUUCAGCCGGGGCUGUAUUGGGGUUUCUGUCUAUGCAUCUCCCCGUCCCCCUCUCUUUCUCUAUCCUCAAGAUGUCCUUUUCCUGCAAGGGAUUAUGGACGUCGUGUGUUUGCUAAAUGAUUUUCUCAACUCUUCAUUCAGCAGUGCACAUUCCUGGAGUAUCUAAUGAUGAAGCUUUUACACUCUCGCGGGAUAGAAUGUGCGCAAUCUGUCGUGACGGCCUUUGCGAAGUGUGAGUGAGGUGCCUAAGUGAUCAGGCGGCUUAGGGUUUUGUUGGAAGAGAUAACUCAAACCCUAAAUUUGCAUCUGUCGGCGAAAAAGAGAUGCGCUCGAUUUUCCUGGAAUCAUACAGAAUGAGAGGCAUCAUGACGAAUUCUGAAAUUCCGACAGGUUGUUGAGUUC